AACGCUCGACUGGCACAUAAGAUUGAGAAUUUGUUUAUUGUAGCUUAAAUCGAGUAACAGUUAUUUAAUUUUAUUUUUAUGCUUAACUGUAUUUUUAAAAUGUUUAUGAAAAAGCUUAAUUGAACAUGAUUUAAAUAAAAGUAUAUUAAAUGUGAUAUUUAUUGACUUCGUUAACUAUUACUGCGUGUUUCUUAUUUUCAUAAUCAUGACGAAUCUUGAUGUAAGUAACAGCAGUACAGACAGCAGUUCAGGAUCUAGCUCCGAAUCUAGCAGCAGUGCUUCAUCAUCAACAACAUCAGGAUCUGGUUCAAGCAGCUCAGAUUCAGAUUCCUCUGUCUCAGAUGUUCAGGCAACAGCAACUGCACAACCAAAAUCCCCAAACCCACCUCCCCAAGAAGAACUUAAGAAAAAGGAGGAACCAAAACCACGACGUUCAUCGAAACCAAAACUAUUAUCGUCUAGCGAUGAAGACACCCCUAAAAUACCAAGCCCUAAACCUCUGCCACCGAGACGUAGAGGAUCAGCAAAGCAGACAAAGAAUGCUGCAAGUGUUUUGGCUAAAAAGCCAGCGGCUAAAACUGCCACUGGCGCUAAAGUGAAAGCUAUAUCAAAAACGGUCAGUAAAGCAUCUAAAAAUGACAGUGCAUCGAAGAAAAAAAGCAUCUUUUCACCUGACAACAGUUCAGAAUCUGAUUCAGAGAGCAAAGAGAGUAAAUCAUCAAAAACUAGCCCAAAAGCAUCACCAAAAGGUAAGAAACCAGCUACCAGGAAGUCCAGUGAAGAAAAAGAUUCAUCUCCGUUAACACCAGCUCGUUCCACCACAAACGAAGAUUCAAACUCUACGUCAAAGGACAGUUCCAAGCGUAGAGCUAGUAGAUCCAAUGGGCCACCGCCAAAGAAAUUAUCUGAGGAUAAGAGUGCCUCUUCCUGCACAUCGAGUCAGUCAUCUGUAGAGUCUGUGUCAUCUGACAGUGACAGUGAACCUAUGAUGAAGAAAGACCCGCCGAAAACAAACAAAAAGCAGGAAGCAAAAAGUGGUGACUCUGGCGACUCAGUAGUGGAAGUACCACGAAAGUUGACACGAUCAAUUUCGGCGCGGGUGUCCCGAAUGGCAGCCGCUAAACCUACACACACUGACACAGACUCAGAUAACGAGGAACGAGAGAAAACUAACGAAAUGAGCAAAGAAGACAAACGGUUAGCGAAAGCACGCGCAGCACUUGUCAAGUCGCCGGCAGUCCCACAAAUACCACCCACACCCUCAGAGAGAAGGUGCCCUGUGCGAGGGUGUGAUUCUACUGGACAUUUGGGUGGCAAGCUGGAGAAGCACUUCACGUACGACGCGUGCCCCACGUACCACAACGUGACGGGCGCGUGGUGCGUGGCGGCGGCGGAGGAGCGCGCGGCGGCGGCGGCGGCGCGGCGGCGCGCCGUGGCCGCCAUGCUGCAGCGCCCGCGCGCCAUGCCCACCAUCGAGCAGCGCGCCUACCAGCUUAAGGUUAAGGAUAUGCGUUCAAAAUGGAAGGGUAGUCAUGAACUCAAAGCGAUGUCGAACAACGAGGAGCAAGGGGAGGAAAGGGAGCCGGUGCUUGACGGUUUUGUUCCGGACUACGACCUGAGGUUGUUCAGGGAUGCGCAAGCGCUCGCUGCGGUUAAGAUCGAAGAAGAGUUGGAGGACAUUGCCUCGGAUAAGGGAACAAGAUACGUGGUGAUGGGCAAGUACAUGAUGGAGGUGUGGUACCAGUCGCCGUACCCCGGCGAGGCGGCGCGCGUGCCGCGCCUGUUCGUGUGCGAGUUCUGCCUCAACCACCACAAGUGCGCGUGCGGCGCCGCGCGCCACCGCGCCAAGUGCGUGUGGCGGCACCCGCCCGGCGACGAGAUAUACAGGAAGGACAACCUGAGCGUGUGGCAAGUGGACGGCAGGAAGCACAAGCAGUACUGCCAGCAGCUGUGCCUGCUCGCCAAGUUCUUCCUGGACCACAAGACGCUGUACUACGACGUGGAGCCGUUCCUCUUCUACGUGAUGACGUGCGCGGACAGCGAGGGUUGCCACAUCGUGGGAUAUUUUAGCAAGGAAAAGAACUCAUUCCUGAACUACAACGUGUCGUGUAUACUCACGCUGCCGCCCUACCAGCGGCAGGGCUACGGGCGGUUGCUCAUUGAUUUCAGUUACCUGCUCACGAAAGAAGAGGGCAAAGUGGGCUCACCGGAGACACCACUAUCGGAUCUCGGUCUGAUAUCUUACCGAUCUUACUGGAAGGAGGCGAUCCUGAAGAGGCUGUGCUCAGCGCCUGGACCCGCGCUAUGUAUCCGCGACCUUAGCAAGGACCUCGCGAUAGCAUCCUCGGAUAUAGUGUCCACGUUGCAAGAGAGAGGUCUCAUGAAGUACUGGAAAGGAAAGCAUAUUGUGCUGAAGAAACAGGAGGUGCUGGAGGAGGCGAGCCGGCGCGCGACGCGCGUGCGCAGCGUGGAGCCGGGCGGGCUGCGCUGGUGGGGCGGCGGCGCGGCCCGCUGACCCCGCGCCGCGCGCGCGCCCCGCCCGCCCCGCGC